UUGGGUCUGUAAGGUGGGGGAGGGGGGAGAGGCGGGUGCAGUUGCUUUCACCUGCUUGCCCCAGCUCGAUCCCGGCCCGGAGCAGCGGCGGCGGGGGCUUCCGCUGUCCGCUGGCUGAGGACCUUCAGCUCCCCCUUGGUCCCGCGCGGGCUCCGAAUCCUGUCCGCGGCAGGGGCCAGCGGCCCCUCCCCUCCCCUCCGAGGAUAGAAGAUGAGCUUCCUCUUUAGUAGCCGCUCUUCUAAAACAUUCAAACCAAAGAAGAAUAUCCCUGAAGGAUCUCAUCAGUAUGAACUCUUAAAACAUGCAGAAGCAACUCUAGGAAGUGGGAAUCUGAGACAAGCUGUUAUGUUGCCAGAGGGAGAGGACCUCAAUGAAUGGAUUGCGGUUAACACUGUGGAUUUCUUCAACCAGAUCAACAUGUUAUAUGGAACUAUCACAGAAUUCUGCACUGAAGCAAGCUGUCCAGUCAUGUCUGCAGGUCCAAGAUAUGAAUAUCAUUGGGCAGAUGGUACUAAUAUUAAAAAGCCAAUCAAAUGUUCUGCACCAAAAUACAUUGACUAUUUGAUGACUUGGGUUCAGGAUCAACUUGAUGAUGAAACUCUUUUUCCUUCUAAAAUUGGUGUCCCAUUUCCUAAAAACUUUAUGUCUGUGGCAAAGACCAUUCUAAAGCGUCUGUUCAGGGUUUAUGCCCAUAUUUAUCACCAGCACUUUGAUUCUGUGAUGCAGCUGCAGGAGGAGGCCCACCUCAACACCUCCUUUAAGCACUUUAUUUUCUUUGUUCAGGAGUUUAAUCUGAUUGAUAGGCGUGAGUUGGCACCUCUUCAGGAAUUAAUUGAGAAGCUUGGAUCGAAAGACAGAUAAAUUUUUCUUCUAGAACAGUUACCCUCUUGCUUCAUCUACUGCUAGAGCUAUCUCGUUGCUUUCUGUUAUAGACUAGUGAUACAAACUUUAAGAAAACAAGAUAAAAAGACACCUAUUGUCUGUGUCUACUGAUAAAAUUGUCCCAAAGGUAGGUUGGCCUAAUACCUUCAGAGUGAGAAAUUCAGGACACAGCUGAAUCUGAGGCACUGUGUGACCACUGCUGUUACUGCCAUAGAGCCAUACUUGGUUGUAGAAUGUGAGGACUAACCUGUAGUUUAUUAGUUUACUUACUCUUUUACUGAAGAGGAUGAUCGACUCUGUUUCAGGUGACAGCACAAUGGAUAUUAAGAAUUUCCAAUAAUUUAUUAACAGGUUUCCAGAACAAAUUUCCUAAUAAUGCAAUCACAGAUCAGUUUUAUUCUGCUUUUAUUUUACAAAUAGAAGAGGUGUUCUAAAAUUUCCUUAAGAUUUAGAACAUUUGUGUCACUUUGGAUAACCUUGUAGUUUGAAGUUUGUAUGCUAGUGUUUUUAUAGGUAAGAUUAUAUAUAUGUAUAUUUUUUCAAAAUCCAUGAUUGCAGUUUAAAUCAUCAUAUGACAUGUGGUAUGGGAGUAACCAAAGUCAUUUCUAAAAGGACUUUAUUUUUUAAUCUUUAUUUGGGAUUUUAUUCACAUAAACCUAUCUAAAUUUUUAGUGUGUGUGUAUCAAAUAAUUUUUUUAAGGCAUCUAAGGAUCGUCUUGCAGAUUUUUAUUUUGAAAUGCUUCAUUCAGAUUAAUUUUAAUAUGUAGGUUUUGGCUGAGAAAAGAAAAACUUCCAAAAAAUUAUGACAAAUUUGGGUCUCAUAAACCAUUAUUUUCAUUCAUGUUUGUUUCAGAGGCCUUAAAAUUUGGAUAGGAGAAUGGAAGAAAGUACUCAGAGUACUUGACUAUUUUAUUUUGAGUUUUCCUUUAAAAAGAAACUACUUUUAUACGUUUUUAUUGUGACUUGAGACUUAGUUAAGUGUAGUGUAGAAAUGCACGAACCUUAUCCCAAUAAGGAUAAAACGUAAGGAAAACCACAAUAAAAAACCUUGAAGGUGUACACAUUUUAUAACCCAGCUAAAAGUUUGAUGUGCUGCCUGUUCUUUAAUGUGUGUGUGUGUUGGGCGAGGGGUGGUAAUAUGUUUAAAGGAGACAAAAUGGGAUAAGUUAAAAAAAAAAAAAGAAAACUUCAUCUGUUAAUAGUCAAAGGAUGGAUUGGGAUUUUAUUCUGUUUUGUUUCUGUAUUAAAACUUGAAAUUAUUCUAUU